CUUCCAAACAGGAGUUUGCCAAUGGAUUAGGCGAGACCGAAGAAAGAAGAAAGUCUCUUUGUUUUUCUCACUCUCACUCUACACUCUUCUCCACUCUCUCUCUCUCUCUCUCUCUCUCACAGCUAAAAAUAAAAAAUAAAAAAAAAUAACAAUUAUAGCAGUUAUGAAUGCAGUGCCGCUCUGUAAUUCACAGCCCAUUUUAAAAUCCCAAAUUCCGCCAUGCCCAAAUUGCUUCAGACCUUCAAUCCCUCGCACAAACCCUGCUCGCUUCCCCUGCCGUUCGUCUCUGGUAAUCGAGACCGUGGAAGGCCAAUCCCAAUCUCAAUCCCAAUCCCAAUCCCAAUCCCAAUCCCAAGUUGUUACUGAGCAAGCUGAGACUCCAUCUUCCGCUUCCGACUCCGUAUCUCGUCGUCUCAUUCUUCUUCGUCACGCUAAGAGCUCCUGGGAAGAUCGUUCUCUGCGAGAUCAUGAUCGGCCUUUGAGUAAAGCUGGAAAAGCCGACGCUAAGAAGGUUUCUCAGAAGCUUUAUCAGUUGGGUUGGAUUCCCCAACUCAUUCUGUCAAGUGACGCAUUGCGAACGAAAGAGACGCUUAAGAUAAUGCAAGAGCAAGUUCGGGAUUUCUUGGAAGCCGAGGUUCGUUAUGUUUCGAGCUUUUAUUCAAUUGCAGCAAUGGAUGGCCAAACUGCUGAGCAUCUUCAGCGUAUUAUCUGUAAAUAUUCAGGGGAUGACAUUGUUACUGUCAUGUGUAUGGGACAUAAUAGGGGUUGGGAGGAGGCAGCCUCAAUGUUUACAGGUGCCUCUGUCGAAUUGAAGGCAUGCAAUGCUGCUUUGCUAGAAACUACUGGGAAAUCUUGGGCUGAGGCAUUUGCUUUGGCAGGACUUGGUGGUUGGAAGUUGCAAGGCAUAGUAAAACCAAGUAGCUAGUUGUCAAUAAAUUUUGAGUUUUGAUUAUUAGCCCAAACCUCAAAUAAACCCUCGACAGAUCCCAAGUGCCUAAAAGAUUCAUAUGUAUGAUCUAUAAGUUUUUUCCUCCUUGUGAAACCAUGCUGUUACCUUGUCCAUUUUUGUAGUUUUUUCACAAGGGCAUAAUUGUCCAUAAUUGUCAGCGAUACCACUCUUUGACUCCAAAUUCCUUGUGCAUAAAGGUUGAAAUCUCAUGCUCAACCAUUAGAGGGGUUCAUCUGCUUUCGAUGAACUAUUUCUAAAUGUCUAACUUUCGGACCUUAGUUGAAACUUGCAAGGCCAAAAUGCUGGUGCUGAAGCUCUGAUCUACAGGGGAUGAGGUUUUACUUUUUAGGCAAUCGGUUAUCAGGAUCAUUGUUAAGUACCCGUGGUAUCUAAUUGUAGAACAAAGCUGGAUUUUAAUCUCUAAUUAUUAGUUCACUGUUUCCCGACA